AUGGAUAAGGAACUUAUAGCUCAAGUGAUUAAGACCAGUUAUUCAUACAUCCGAGCUAAUGGUAGUGCUGGAAGUGGAAAGGAUGGUACAGAACUACCACUUUCGGGUUUAAAGAGUAUAUUAGCUGCAACAAACAACUUCUCUGAAGCUAAUAAACUUGGUGAGGGAGGAUUUGGCCCCGUUUAUAAGGGGAUUUUGCUUGGAAAUGAAGAAGUAACCAUAAAAAGGCUGUCGAAGAAGUCAGGGCAAGGACAUGAGGAGUUCAUGAAUGAGUUGAAGCUUAUAGCCAAGCUCCAACAUACCAAUCUUGUUAGGCUCUUGGGUUUCUGUAAUGAAAAGGAGGGAAUGAUAUUGAAUGAGUACAUGCCCAAUCGAAGUUUGGACAAACUUUGUUUGAUCAGUGCUUACAGUUCUUGUGCAGUGAUUAGCAAGCCAAAGCGGCUCAAUUUUUGCAUAAUCACUUCAACCAUAACUCGAUUUGAACUCUCACUGGCUCCAAUGAGAGAAGAUGUGGAAAUUUCUCUUGGACUUCUGGAUUAUGAAAUGGUUCUCACUGAUGAAGCUCUAGCAGUGCCUGCAAAUGAUGCAUCUGCCGAGACUAAGGAAGAACAAAGUAUUAGAAAAGACAAAGGUAGAGAACAAGUGCAUUCGGUGUAG